AUGCUCUUUCGAGAGCGACUGCUUCGACAAGACACCGUUGAUCCCAGAACGCUCGCAGAGUCGCCGGCAGAGGAGGCCAAACACUUUAAAGCCAUUUUGGCUCACAUUCCGCUCCUUUCCGCAGCACAAUCCGCCCUGUCCCUGAUGAUGAUGGCGAUGAUGAUCAUGGAGUCAGCCACCGGCAAGGAGCAUGGCGGAUCUUGCCAAUCUCCAGUGCCGGCGAGCGUGGCGACGCUGUUCGGCUGUCUCCUGCUAACGGGUGCAGUUCAACGCAGCGUGUGCGUGCAGGCAUCGCUUCGGAUCCGCGAGCAAGCUCUCUACAGCUACUCUGGCAAAAUUCUAUACACAAGUGCCAAACUGCUCUCGGCCAUCUGGAGAGGCACCAGGCUGGCUUCAACAUUUUCGCUUAUAGUCGCAGCUGGGGCAGUGUGGUGCUUGGACACAAUCCUCCAUGGCGACAUCUUCCUAUGCGAUCAAGACACGGACAUCGAUGUUUGGGGCUCAAACCGAUGUGGCGGUAACGCAGCCCAUAUCGACUUGAAUCCACGGAAAGUGUGGAAGAGAGUUUCCAGCCGUUCAGCUUGUGCUUUCCUCCUGCACGACGGCACCGUGCACGUUUUCGGCAACGAACGUGGGGGGGGUAACCCUAGGGCAGUGCAGGGCCAACUUCAUCACGUCAAAGAUCUCGUAGCCAAUGAGGGUGCUUUCCUAGCAUUGCUAGAAGACGGCACGGUCGUGUCUUGGGGCUCCGACCAUUGCGGAGGCUCAAUUGAGCAGGUCCAUGACGAACUCAAGAAUGUCCAGUUCGUCUGGUCAAAUGAAAAAUCAUUCGCUGCACUGCGACAGGACGGGACUGUUGUUCUUUGGAGCGACUCCCAAACGAGACCACGCAUUUACCCAAUGCAUGCCAGAUGGAUGGCAGCAACAGUCAAUGCGUUCGCCGCCAUUAGUUCUGUUGAUGGUGCCAGCAAAGCUGUGAUCUUUACAAAGGGUGACCGGGGUUUCCAUGUAGAAGAUGUCAUGCUGCCCCACCUGGUGAAGGUCGAGGGUGUCUUGGCCACUACUGGUAACAGCGGGGGAGAUUGCUCCGAAGUGAAGGCAGAGCUUGGUCGCCGAAAGGUUCGGGACAUUCUUGCGCACAAGAGCAUGGGAAACGGCUUUGCUUUCGCCUUUGUGGUUCUCAACAGUCGGGGACUACUCGACGUCUUGACUUGCGGGUCAAAGAAGAACGGUGGUGAUAGCAGCUCAGUCCAACAUCUCCUGACAGACUUGCAGGAUGUGCAGAUUUGCAGAACUUCUCGAGCCUUUGUGUUCAAAGUCAUCAACCGACACGGCCAGCCGCAGUUGGUCACCACAGGCCGACGGGACUUCGGUGGAGAUCGGCGGGAUGCCAUGGCUGCCAUCAGAGCGGCGUACCCACAAGUUGACCCACGCGAAGUUGAUGAGGCUGCACUCAGCAAGUUGCUAGCAACAGCCGAGAUCCACUCCAACAGAGCAUCCUUGGUUGCGGUCCUAGAUGGAAGAGUAGUGGCGUGCUGGGGCCACAGCAGGUGCAGCAAGGGCUUUCAUGCUAAGAGGGCUCAGAUUGACGAGGAAGGUGUGGAGGAGAUAUGCGCCUCCGGAAUGGCCUGGACGGUGAUCACAAGGAGUUCCACUCCUGGCAGCGGGUUGAGACGAUUCAUGUCAUCAACCAGCGAUCAGAUUGGCGCCGAUGGUGCAGGUGGUGAGAAAUUGCCUCUUGCCUUCGUGGCCCCCACGGCGCCCACGGCCGCACCGACGCUGCGAGGCGCGGCGGCGCACUCCGGCGAGGGAGCCAGUGGAAUGCAGGAUUUCAACUUUGACCCGCUCGGCCUUUCCGUGAAGUGCGAGAAGUACCUUCCUUGGUUUCGUGAGGCUGAGCUGAAGCACGGCCGCAUUGCGAUGCUUGCCUGGGUUGGCCUCGUCGUCCCAGAGUUCGUGCGCAUCCCAGGCCCGGAUGCCUGCUAUGGCGCCAAGAACGUCGUGGAAGCCCACAACGCCUGCGUCGGGAACCCUCCCUUCCCCUUCCUCAUCGACGCCACGGAUUUCUUCGGUACCCAGAACCAGCAGGGCCCCCUGUUCCAGGUCUACGCCUUCUGCGGAUUCAUCGAGAUGCUGACCACCUUCGCCAAGGCCUGCAACGUUUCCAACAAGCCGGGCCUCACCCUCGAGAGCGCAGGUGACUACAAGCUGGGCACGAGCUUCCUUCCCAAAGAGCCGGCGAAGAUCAAGGAGAUGAAGCUCAAGGAGCUCAAGAACGGCCGUUUGGCCAUGCUUGCUUUCGGUGGCGCCAUCACCCAGGCACUUGCCCCCAAAACCCGUUGA